CCGAGUUGUCCAGUUAAGCUGCGCAGAGAAACUCCAGGAGUCAGGACAACAACAAAUCUCCGGUUGGUUGCUGUUCGACAACCGAAACACAAGCAGGGAUGUCGGAGCCUGCAGAUCGUAGAUGUUCUGUCUCGUCCGUCUCUCUGAUUGAGAUCAAGACUGAGACACAUCGAGUCCUCCAGGCUUUUCUUGAACGAACCAUCUCCACCCCCCACAAAGACAGGCCUGGCAGGAUAGCAGGAGCCUAUGAUGAUCAUAACAAGCACAGCUCGUCGCCACAGUCUAAACGAAAGGAUGGAGCAGACGCUCAAACGGAAAAAGAAGACGACAAGAAGACUGGGAUCAAGGACCUGAUGAAGAGGUCCAUUAUUCGUGGGAAAGGUUCACUGGGCCGGAGCAGCAAGCCCAAACAGUCCCACCCUACAGAAGACAGCCUCUCACCCUCCUCAUCUUCAGAUGAAGAAGUUGAAAAACUGAGGAAGCAAAAACAAGUAAUCAAAAAAAAGAUUGCUUCGUUUUUCAAAAAGAAAUUAAAGGAGAAAAAAGAGAAGGAGAAAGAUCAAAAAGUACAAAAUGAGAAAGAACAAGACAAGAAAGCGGCAGCAGCAAACAAACCCUUCGCUCCUGGUCAAUUUCCGGAGUUUUAUAAUGAAAUAGCUCAGAAGCUGGAAGACAUCAUCAAACAGUCCACCAAGAUAAAGACGCCAAGCCCAAAACUAAAGCGACCGCCAGUGUCGACCAGUCCAACACUACAGCGAAUAGCCAUCUCCAUGGAGGUGUCCCGGCGCAUGGUGACGGCCACAGGAAUGCAGCGGAUAGAGGGCUUCGCAGAGCGCUACAUGGACAACUUUAUCCCCUGGGUCAAAAGUCAUGGAGGAUGGGGAAAGGUGCUGGAUAUAGACAAGACUGAGGAGUGGGAUUGAUGUCAUGAAUGUGUGUUUAUCAUGAACCAUGGCUCAACUGGACGAUGUCAUCAAAAAUGGUCCGAGGAGCUGAUCAGCAGAGUCUAAUCUGACCGGUCACAUUCCAUAGACGUGGUCUCUUUGGUUCCUCCUGCACCAGAGUACAUUUAACCACUCAACCAGGGACCAGCUUAUUGUCACUGCUGCUACUAGCCUUGGUUUUCAAGGACCUGCUAUCCUUGAAACUAAAACUAAGUAGCUAAAUCCAUUUUGUUGUGGAAAAACAAAGAACAAAAACCAAAUCGACUGCU